UUCUUGGUGGAGCAGGAUUUAGAAAUAUGCUCCUCUAAAUCCUGCUGGGGCUGUUUGUGCCCCCACUCUUGCAAGCUUCUUCCCUGCAGGUUUCAGCCAUGUGGCUCUACCUGGCUGCCCUGUUGGGGCUUCGCUUCCUUCGCCAAUGGUACAAGGAGAGACAGACGGUGGAGAACCUGACGGAGAAAUACGUCUUCAUCACGGGGUGUGACUCUGGCUUUGGAAACCUACUUGCCAGGCAGCUGGAUGCCCGGGGUCUUCGUGUGCUGGCAGCCUGUCUCACGCAGAAGGGGGCAGAGCAGCUGGAGAAGGCCACCUCAGAGCGCUUGAAAACCACCAUUCUGGAUGUGAGCAGCACAGAGAGUGUGGCAGCAGCGACGGAGUGGGUGAAAGGGUGCAUUGGAAACAAAGGGCUCUGGGGCUUGGUGAACAAUGCAGGCAUAGGGGUCCCAACAGCUGCCAAUGAGUGGCUGACGAAAGAUGACUUUGCAAAGGUGAUCAAUGUCAACCUUCUUGGGAUGAUUGAUGUGACGCUACACAUGCUGCCCCUGGUGAGAAGAGCCAGAGGGAGGGUGGUCAACGUGUGCAGCUCGAUGGGACGACUGGCCUGCUUUGGAGGUGGUUACUGCCCAUCAAAGUUUGGUGCGGAAGCCUUCUCUGACAGCCUGAGGAGAGAGCUCCAUCCUUUUGGAGUCCGAGUCAGCAUAAUUGAACCUGGUGGUUUCAAAACACAUAUUUGCUCAAAUGCAGUAGAGAAUUUUCAGGCUGUAUGGAGCCGGGUACCUUCUGACAUCAGAGACUCUUACGGGCAGCAGUACUUUGAGGAAUGUUGCAAAUUGUCCCAGCAACAAUUUGAUGGUUGCAGCGACAAGCUUCACCUGGUCACCGACUGCAUAGAACAUGCCCUGACAUCCUGCUCCCCUCGCACUCGCUACUCUCCAGGCUGGGAUGCAAAGCUCUUCUACCUUCCUGUCUCUUACUUGCCAACCACCAUUGCAGACUAUGUGUUGACCCGCUCUGGGCCCAAACCAGCACAAGCCGUGUAGAUCAUUGUGAAGAACAACAUUACAGUUUUGAUAUGGUAAAUCUCCCCUGGAAAGGCUAUGUUUGAUGCAACCGGUUUGGGAAAAUUACUGAGCAGACGCUUAGACUUGAUUUUAUCGGAACUAUGUGAAGAUGGCGGCUGCCGGCAGCAGUGAAAAGACUUUUGGAUAGACUCGGCAGAAACACCAGCAUGAGAGGAGAUACUGUGAACUUAUGGAAGGGAAUCAUAGACAUAAAAUCCACACAGAAACACAUCAUUGUUUGUUUUAACUCACUUGUGGGAACAACUCAGAGCCUGCGAAAGAAUGAAGGAUAACAACAGAAAGAAAUAGAGGAAUCACCGGAAAUGACUAUGAAAUGCAGUAGAAUUAUGAUCAGGAUUAGAGCGUUCCGAGCUUGAAGCAUGGAAAGUCUCGAAAAAUUGAUAAUUUGGCCGAAUAUUUGGAUUAUUUGAUAUGUAUAUGUAUAAUUUGGAAUUUUAAUGUGAUUGGAUUGGAUUGUUGAAGCAGAAAAUUUAAUAAAAAUUAUA